UCAGAUGAAAUCGCUCCUUCUUCUUGUUUGCUGUAUCGCAGGAGUCUUCUCCCAGUUCACCAGUACUGGCCAACAAGCAAUCGUGGAUGCCCACAAUAAAUUGAGAUCUUCAAUUGCCAAAGGAACCUAUGUUGCCAAGGGAACAACUCAAAAGUCUGGCUCAAACAUGCGCAAAAUUAAAUGGGAUGCAACAGUUGCUACAUCUGCUCAAAACUAUGCCAAUACCUGCCCAACUGGACACUCUCAGGGUUCUGGAUAUGGAGAGAAUUUGUAUUGGUAUUGGACUUCUGGAACAAUUGGAAACCUCGAUACAUUUGGACCAGCCGCAUCUUCAUCCUGGGAAUCCGAAUUCCAGCAAUAUGGAUGGACAUCUAACACUCUUGACAUGAAUACUUUCAAUACUGGAAUCGGACACGCUACUCAAAUGGCCUGGGCUAACACUUUUGCCAUUGGAUGUGGAGUUAAGAACUGUGGAAAAGAUCCUUCAAAUGGAUAUAACAAAGUUGCAGUUGUCUGUCAAUACAAAACUCCUGGAAACUACUUGAAUCAGCCAAUCUAUCAACAAGGAACCACUUGCGCGGCUUGUCCAUCUGGAACUGCCUGUGAUUCUUCUGGACUUUGCGCUUAAAUUUCAAAUCAUUUUUUGUUGAAUUUCUGUAAAUGACGACAUAUAUUCAAAUAAACUUUAUUAUUUCAAU